AUGCACAUUGAAAAAGAACCAGGCAUCCCUGGUCCAGAUCCAGGCACAGUACAGUCCGAUUACGGAGUCACGAUCAAGGAAACCAAUUCCAUCGAAGCAGAGAUCCAUCGCCUGGAAGCCGAACUGGAAGAUGCACGACGAAGACUAGAUGCAAAGAGACCGCGCGCCGCGGUGCACAAAAAACCCCCGCCGUCACCUCAUUCACUCUCAGCCCCCUUCCUUCCCCCGUCAACACAUCACCUACUCCUGCUAACCGACUCGGCCCUACCCCUGGGCGCCUUCGCCUUCUCCUCGGGCCUGGAAUCCUUCCUCGCCCACAGCCCCAAGCGUCCCACCUCGUCACCAUUCACCACCUUCCUCCCGCUCUCCAUCUCCACGUUCGCAUCCACCACCCUCCCCUUCACUCUCGCCGCCCACCGCGACCCCUCCCGCCUGCUCUACCUGGACGACGCCCUGGACGCUUCCCUCGUGUGCACCGUCGCCCGGCGCGCCAGCGUGUCGCAGGGCCGCGCGCUGAUCGGCCUGUGGGAGCGCUGCUUCGCGCCCUCGCUCCCGCCGGACCGGGACAUUGCAAGGUACGUGGCGGCCGUCAAGGCGCCGGCGCCGCAGCACAAACCCACCGACUGCGUCACCAACGCGCCGCCGAGCCACCUGCCCCGGGCCGCGGCGCAUCUGGCCCCGCUCUUUGGUGCCGUCUGUGCCGCCGCCGGCCUCUCGGCGCAUCAGGCCGCCUUCGUGCUGGUCCUGGGCCACGUCAAGGCGCUCGCGUCGGCGGCCGUGCGGGCGGGCGUCUUUGGUCCCUAUCAGGCCCAGAGGCUUCUGGCGGGGGAUGAGGUCCGGAGGCUGGUGGACCUCGCCGUUCAGAGGGAGUGGGCUACCGAGGUUGAGGACGCGAGCCAGACGGUGCCCGUGAUGGACUUGUGGGUUGGACGGCACGAGUUGUUGUAUUCGCGCAUUUUCAACAGCUAG